UGCCCCUUCCAGCCCCUCCCAGUCCCUCUUGAGCACAAGCCCACCGCCCCAGGCAGAGCAGAGGGACUAGGGGGCAGGCACAGCUGACAGCCAGAGGACGGGUCCUGGGGAGAGGAGGGAGGGGAGCGCUGGAGGGCCGCACUGCACCUGCCAGCUCCUGGAGGGGACGUAGUCGGAGCAGGAAGAGCAGAGCCAGGGGCUGGGGGACGAGGGUGCACCGGGCUACCCUCACUCGAGGCCACUCCAGCUGGUAGCCUUCUUCCCUGCCUGACCCGGGGCUGACCUCAGGCCAGGCAAGGCCCUGGGCACAGUCCCAGUGGCCUGUGCACAGAACAGGGUGGCCGUACCCCCACAGGAGCCCUGGAGGACAGUAUGGGGGCCCUGAGCCAGGCCAUCCCCCACCUUCUCCCUGGGAGGGCGGCGCCAGGGAGACAAACACAGGGCCGCCGGGGCCCUGCCAGGUGUUCCUAGAAGAGAGGCCGGGGGAGGGGCAGGGCCAGACACCAGCUCACCCUGAGGUCACAGGAGAAGCCCUGGGGAGCCUGAGUGGGACCCCGCCCAGACUGUCAGGAAAUGGGGAGGGGGAGAGGGGUGGUCACCGUGCCAAGGCAGAGGGGCAGGCCCACUGGGAAAUAUGGUGGCUCUUGCUUAACCCCCACAUGGCCUUUGGCUGCGUGCGAGGACCCCAGGAGCUGUCCCAGGGCCCCCACCCAUGGGCAGACGGCCAGCCGAGCACAGGGGCCUCCUCUCCUGGAUCCCUCAACCUGUCCUGAGCACCAGCCUCUCACAGGCUGCCCCAGGGACACCCUGGCUCUCACCUGCCUGCUGCCCCAGCUCUGCCCAGCCCAGUCCUGCAGGGAGAUGGGGGUGGGAUCAGGAGGACAGGGGGUGGGGGACAGGACCCUUGGCCCUCAGAGCUGCACCACGGCCCCCCAUGGAACCAGACGGCGGCUUCAGGGCACAAGCAGCCCCCCAGCUUCUCCCAGGCUGUCUGCACCACAGGCCCUUGGUGCUGAUGCUGGCCACCCGGCACGAGGGGGUUAAUGGAGCCCGGGCCAGCAGAUCUGGGCUGGCCGGUGACAGGACGCUGGCUGCCCCAGCGGUGGAGAAAUCCAGAGGGCAGGAGCAGCCGGCCCCGGCAGACGCACCCUGCUCGCUGCCUGCCUGCGGCCUGCUCUGCACGCGGGAUGGCCCUGAGGAGAGGAGGCCUGGCCCUGGCGGUGCUGCUGGUCUCCUGGGCGGCACGGGGCCCCUGUGGCCUGGAGGCCGCAGAGCCCGGAGGACCGGGGGACGCUGAGGGCCUGCAGUGCCCGGCCGUCUGCACCUGUGGCCACGAUGACUACACGGACGAGCUGGGCGUCUUCUGCAGCUCCCGGAACCUCACGCGGCUGCCGGAUGGCAUCCCAGCUGGCACGAGGGCCCUGUGGCUGGAUGGCAACAACUUCUCCUCUGUCCCCGCGGCGGCCUUCCAGAACCUCUCAGGCCUGGGCUUUCUCAACCUGCAGGGCAGCUGGCUGGCCGGCCUGGAGCCCCAGGCACUGCUGGGCCUGCAGAACCUGUACCACCUGCACCUGGAGCGGAACCAGCUGCGCAGCCUGGCGGCCCGCACCUUCCUGCACACGCCGGGCCUGGCCUCGCUCGGCCUCAACAACAACCUCCUCAGCAGGGUGGACGAGGGCCUCUUCCAGGGUCUGAGCAACCUCUGGAACCUCAACCUCGGCUGGAACAGUCUGGCCGUGCUCCCCGACACGGCCUUCCAGGGCCUGGCCAACCUCCGGGAGCUGGUACUGGCAGGCAACAAGCUGGCCUACCUGCAGCCCGCGCUCUUCUGCGGCCUUGCCGAGCUGCGGGAGCUGGACCUGAGCAGGAAUGCCCUGAGGAGCGUCAAGGCCAACGUCUUCGUCAAGCUGCCCAAGCUCCAGAAGCUCUACCUGGACCACAACCUCAUCGCCGCCGUGGCCCCCGGCGCCUUCCUGGGCAUGAAGGCGCUGCGCUGGCUGGACCUGUCGCACAACCGGGUGGGCAGCCUCCUGGAGGACACCUUCCCGGGCCUGCUGGGCCUGCACGUGCUGCGCCUGUCGCACAACGCCAUCGCCGGCCUGCGGCCCCGGACCUUCAAGGACCUGCACUUCCUGGAGGAGCUGCAGCUCGGCCACAACCGCAUCCGGCAGCUGCCGGAGAAGGCCUUCGAGGGCCUGGGCCAGCUGGAGGUGCUCACACUCAACAACAACCAGAUCCAGGAGGUCAGGCCGGGCGCCUUCCUCGGCCUCUUCAACGUGGCUGUCAUGAACCUCUCUGGCAACUGUCUGCGGAACCUUCCAGAGCAGGUGUUCCAGGGCCUGGGCAAGCUGCACAGUCUGCACCUGGAGGGCAGCUGCCUGGGCCGCCUCCGCCCGCACGCCUUCGCCGGCCUCUCGGGGCUGCGCCGGCUCUUCCUCAAGGACAGCGGCAUCGUGGCCGUGGAGGAGCAGAGCCUGUGGGGGCUCGGGGAGCUCCUCGAGCUGGACCUCACCUCCAACCAGCUCACGCACCUGCCCGGCCGGCUCUUCCACGGCCUCGGCAAGCUGGAGUACCUGCUCCUCGCCCGCAACCGGCUGUCGGCACUGUCGGCGGAUGCCCUGGGGCCCCUGCAGCGCGCCUUCUGGCUGGACGUGUCGCACAACCACCUGGAGGCCCUGCCCGAGGGGGUCCUCUCGCAGCUGGGGCGGCUGCAUUACCUCAGCCUCAGGAACAACUCCCUACGGACCUUCGUGCCGCAGCCCCCUAGCCUGGAGCGCCUGUGGCUCGAGGGCAACCCCUGGGACUGCAGCUGCCCCCUCCAGGCCCUGAGGGCCUUCGCCCUGCAGCACCCCACCGUCGUGCCACGCUUCGUCCAGGCCGUGGUAGAGGGGGAUGACUGCCAGCCCGCCGUGUACAACUACAACAACAUCACCUGUGCCAGCCCUCCUGGCGUGUUGGGCCUUGAUCUGCGGGACAUCAGCGAGGCCCACUUUGCUCACUGCUGACCUGAGGCUUGCCCGGCUGGACACCGCCCUGGGGUCAGAACGGGCCCUCAGCAUCGCCGGAGCCUGCGGGCACAUGGCCCCUCAGCUUUCGGGGGCCAGGCCCCAUACUGCACACUUGCUGGGGUCCCUCCUCCAGGGGACACACAGUUCUGGGGCUUUGUUGGUGCAGGCUCAGGA